GGGGGGGGGAGAGAGUCGGGCCGCCAGCGCACAAACAUGCCGCUCGCCUCGCUCCACUUUGUCAAGUUGUGUUUGUUCGAGCCGUGACGGGGAUCGGCAUGCCCAGCGCCAGCGUGUCCGUGCGGAGUCUGUCCGAAGUGGAGAAAGGCCUCGGCGGCCGGCCGGACCGGAGCGCCGACGACGGCUUUCUCGGCCUCCCGACAACAAUGACCAUGCGGCGAGGUUCCUCGGAGAACAACCUGGAUCCGGAGGCGGAGCCGGAGCCGGACGACGGCGUUCCCUCUCCGUCGGAGUUGUGGCGCGGCCGCUCCUGCUUGGAUAACCUCCAGCAGAAGAUCCUGAAGGUGACGGAGCAGCUGAAGAUUGAGCAGGCGGCGCGGGACGACAACGUGGCCGAGUACCUCAAGCUGGUGAACGGCGCCGACAAGCAGCAGGUGGGCCGCAUCAAGCAGGUCUUUGAGAAGAAGAACCAGAAGUCGGCGCACAACAUCGCCCAAAUGCAGAAGAAGCUGGAGCAGUAUCAGCGCAAGAUGAAGGAUGGCGAGCUCCAGCGCGGCCCCCCGCCCCAGGCGGCCGGCGCCAAACACAGCACCAUCCCCAGGGAGUCCCGCCGCGAGCUGCUCGGGGACGUGACGGGCAGCGGCCGCCACCCGACCAUGGACAAGAUCAAGACCAUCGGACCCGGCGUCUCCCUCUCGCCUCCGUUCUUCUUCAGCAAGCCCAGAGGAUUCGCCAACCUCAUCAGGAACAAGUUUGGCAGCGCCGACAACAUUGACCACAUGAAGGCGGACGCCGCCGCCCCGCGGCCGGACGAGGCGGCGGCGGGGGUGGGGGCGGGAGCGCCGCCGGCGUUGCCGCCGACCAGGGCGCUGAGCAGCAGCGCUUCGCUGGCGGCCGGGCCCAAGUACCCCAGCGACGACGAGUGCUCCUCGGGGAGCGCCGACAGUAACGGGCUGGCGCGGGGGCGGGGGCAGGGGCGGGGCCGGCCGGCGGAGGGCGACGCCCACGGCGCGCUGGCGACCGAGGCCAAGCUCAUUAAAGACGCGCAGAAGCAGCUGGAGGAGGACGUGGAGGCGGUGAAGGCCCGCUUGGCCAGGGAGCUCGGCGUCAUCAGCCAAACGCUGCAGGAGGAGCGCUACAGGUACGCGCGUUUGGAGGACCAGCUCAACGACCUGACGGAGCUUCACCAGCACGAGAUGGCGGACCUGAAGCAAGAACUGGCCAGCGUGGAGGAGCGGGUGGCCUACCAGGCCCAGGAGAGAGCCCGCGACAUUCAGGAAGCUCUGGAGUCGUGCCAGACGCGGGUGACCAAGCUGGAGUUCCAGCAGCAGCAGCAGCAGACGGCGCAGCUGGAGAGCGGCGACGCCCGCGUCCUGCUGGGCCGCAGCAUCAACAUCAUGCUGGCCCUGGUCACCGUGGUCCUGGUGUGCGUCUCCACCGCCGCCAAGUUCGCCGCCCCGCUGGUCAGGAGCCGCCGGCACCUGGCGGCCACCGCGCUGGCCGUCUGCUUCCUGGCCGUCUUCUGGAAGAACUGGGAGCGCCUGCUGCUGCCGGCGUAG